AUGCAUGUGAUUCCACCACCAAUCAAAAAGAUCUUAGACAAAUGGAACAUCAGAGGACUUGUAAUACUGUCUCUCUUGUUCCAAACGUUUCUUAUCUUCCUCGCGCCACUGCGAAAACGCACAUCGAAGAAGUUUCUUGCAGCGGUUAUAUGGACCUCGUAUCUUUUAGCGGAUUGGACCGCUAACUAUGCGGUGUCUCAAAUCACGAAGAACCAAGGGAAAGAAGUGAAACCUGAUGAUCCUCCAAAGAACAAGAAGCUACUUGCUUUGUGGGCACCGUUCUUGUUGUUACAUCUUGGUGGUCCGGACACGAUAACUGCGUUGGCCCUCGAGGAUAACGCAUUAUGGGCACGUCAUUUGUUUGGCCUCAUCUCGCAAGCACUUGCAGGUGUUUAUGCGGUGGUGCAAUCACUGGAAAAUGCAUUGUGGCCACCAAUAACAUUACUAUUCGUCACCGGAGUGCUAAAAUACAUCGAGAGGACACGCGCAUUAUAUACAGCAAGCUUAGACAAAUUCAAAGACAAAAUGCUUGACCCACCAGACAGUGGUCCUAACUACGCCAAGCUCAUGGAAGAAUACGAUUCAAGGCUAAAGUCGAAUCUCCCAAUGAAAAUCGUCCUCACCGGGGAACCGGACAAGCACGAGAGGCCCCCGACACUUGUUAGACCGGAUCGAGACCAUUUAACCGAUCUUGAAAUCAUUCAAUACGGUUUCAGAUUCUUUAACAUUUUUAAAGGACUUGUUGUUGAUCUCAUUUUCAGUUUCCAUGAGCGAGACGAAAGCAGAGAUUUCUUCAACAAGUUGGAACCGGAAGAAGCUCUUCGGAUUAUUGAAUCCGAACUCAGUUUUCUAUACGAAUCCAUGUAUACGAAAACCGCGAUUCUUCAUACGAAACUUGGUACUCUGUCUCGGUUCAUAGCGUUUGGAUCGCUACUUUCUGCCUUCUUUGUCUUUCACCGUAAACCGAGUAAGGAGACGGAUUUUCAUGGAGCAGAUGUUGUGAUUACCUACACUUUGUUCAUCGUUGGUAUCGCGCUUGAUCUCGUGUCUAUGGUCAUUUUCUUGCUCUCGGAUUGGACAUUCGCGGAAUGGAGAAAGCUUAAGAAUGAUCCCGAGGAAAACAAGAGUCCAAUCGAUGGCUUGCUCAAUUGGUUACUCUGGUUUAGGAGACCGCAGUGGAAGAAGCAUCCAAAAUGCAAAGGAGACCGGACUCACGAGGUGCUCACGACGCCGUUUUUGUUGCGGAGAUGGUCAGGUACGAUCUACGGAUUCAACUUCAUCGGAUACUGUCUGAAAGCCAAAGUCUCAAGAAUCCAUCAGAAGACAACGUACAACGUGUUGAGGAAGUUAGCGUGGGAAUCCGUGGUUUCGAUGUUCGAUUACGUAAUCAGAAGAAUCCAAAUGUUGUCUGGAAGCAUCAAGGAUGGUAAUAGAUCAAUCGGUAUAGCGAUAAGGAGAUGGUCUAAGAAGAAACAGAUGAUGUAUUACACGGUUUAUCCGUUAUACCUCGUGUUCUUUUCAGGGAUUCCUUGGGUUUUCGGAGAACUUUGGGGUUACAUUGAUCGAAUCUUCAGUGUUAAAGCACAUCUUGACGAGAUCAGAUUCCUAUCGAGAGAGCCUUUGCCGAAGAAUCAAUGGAAGUUUAUAUUCUAUGAGCUGAAAAAUAAGUCGGAGUUGGCAGAAACACCUGAAAUGGCAAAGAAAGUGUCGUCGGCGAGAGGAGAAUGGGCUUUACGGGACACGAAGAUGACGGAAAUCGAGACAUUGCUGCGUUAUGUAGAGAAUGUUGAUUAUGAUCAAAGUCUUCUCCUUUGGCAUAUUGCAACUGAGCUCUGUUUUCAAGAAGAGGAAAAGAAUCUGAGUGGAGAGAGUUGUGAUGACCGCGAAUUCAGCAAGAUUAUGUCGGAUUACAUGAUGUAUUUGCUGAUAAUGCAACCGAAACUGAUGUCGGAAGUGGCGGGAAUCGGGACUAUACGAUUCAGAGACACUUUAGCUGAAGCUCAAAGGUUUUUCAAAGGAAGGCAUAUCAAGAACAGAGAUAUGAAACAAGCGAGCGAGACGAUUAUAUCAGUUAACAACGAUAUUGAGCCGGUGAAUGUGAAGGGAGAUCGAAGCAAAUCGGUUCUUUUCGAUGCGAGUAUGUUGGCCAAAGAGCUUAUGAAACUGGGAGAUGGUAGUAGAAAUCAUGGAGAUGGGAAAUGGAGAGUGUUGAGCAAAGUAUGGGUUGAGUUGCUAUCUUACGCAGCAAGUCAUUGUAAAGCUACGGAGCAUGUGGCGCAACUUAGCAGAGGUGGAGAGCUUCUUAACUUUGUUUGGUUGCUAAUGGCUCACUUUGGUUUAGCAGAUCAGUUUCAGAUCAAUGAAGGAGAUGCUAGAGCUAAACUCGUUGUCGGAGAUUCAUAG